CCGAGCGCAUGGUCAGCUUUAAUUAUCGUCUCAUUUAGUACGCUCACCCUCUGCAGAGCGAUAACUUACCAGGAUUUGCGGGAUAGUCUGUCGACGCUCUGUUAUCCUGACAUGAACUAUCUACGUGGUGCCGUCAGCGCAAUCAGCGCACCAUACCAGUAUUACAGAGAUCUCAAUCCCUCGACACUCACAGGCGCCAUAGAUGUGAUUGUUAUUCGAAGACCAAAGGUUUCUGGAGAGACAGAGGACAUUCAAGAUCUCUCCAACCCUCCAGAAGGAGAGACGGAGCUUGUGUGUUCACCAUUCCAUGUUAGAUUCGGGAAAUGGCAGGUUCUGAGGCCUGCGGACAAGAAGGUAGACGUGUUCGUCAACGGGAACCCUGUACCCUUCCCAAUGAAGAUUGGGGAUGCAGGCGAAGCAUUCUUCGUCUUUGAGACCGAUGAGGAUGUCCCUGAUAGUCUUGUCACAAGUCCAGUAUUAGCUGCCACCGAACCUGAAGAAUCUAAUGAGCAGCCUGUCGCUGGAAGGUUUGGUACGAAGGAAGAAGGUCCUUCUACUCCUCCUCAAGGACAACCCGAAAGUUCACAAGAACCCGAAUUCCUUGAUCUCAACGCGUCACCUAAUGCAGACGUGACGAAGCAGGCCUCUGGAGUAUCACAAACUAAACCCAAGCCCGAAGAUCAGGAUGCUAAUGGGCCUAGCUUACUAUCUCACGUAGCGGACGCAAGCCAGACUUCAGUCGCCGCAACUCAUGAGCUGAAAAAGACCGGCAAGGAUGACCUUGAAGAUCACACAUCUCAGGAGACUGCGAAUAAAGCGGAAAAGGAAGAACGUGGCUAUCUUACAAACGGCAUGGCUGCUGUGCGCAACGUCUCUCCUUUGCCUUACCUCGGACAUGGUUCCGACGAAGGCGACAAAGCUCUUCCGGAUGGUGGGCGCAACAAAGUAGAACCUCCAGACGUACGAUAUACUGAUGACAUGGUCUUCGAUAUGGAGGGUUACCACUCUCAUGCUCGAGGUCGCUCUGAUCGAACAGUGAGAAGCAGCGAUCGGCCUUCCCGCUCAAAUUCUAUGGAUUCGAAUCGCACCCACACCCCAGAGCGAACUCCUGGUCCUUCAAGAUCACCCACUCCCGACUUUUCACCGUCAAGUUCAAGUUCAUAUUUAGGCGGACCAGUAAUGUUCCCACCAUUUCGAGCGAACUCAGAACCACCUCCAGAUAUGGAACAGAUGACACUCACCCUUCCCUCUCGUUCGCCUCCAUCAUCUUCUAAUUUACGCCAAUCUGGGACUAGCGACUCGACUGCCUCCACAAGUACUCUCAAAGUUGCAGUAUCCGCCGUAACAGAGGAGUAUUCAUGGGAAUGGGGAAAUUUUCCCCAGAAGACUCCUGUUCGAGCUUCCUUCGGUGCACCUUUGCCUUCUGCGAAGGGAAAAGGUAAAGCACGUAUGCUUCCAAGCCAAGCGGAAGAGGAUGAACUUGAGGAAUGGUCUCGCCGAACUCGAACCAAUUCCAGGUCACGAUUAUCUCAGAUGGUGGUAAACGGAGAUGCUAUGCAAGAGGAUGAUUCGUCGUAUGGGUCUGGAGGUCUGCUGACUGUUGAUCGAAGAGAUCCUACAAGGUUCCGGGUCUUCAUCGAAGGGCGCGCGAUAGAGUUCGAAUUGGGCAUAGUACCACCAGAUGACAGCACGAGUGCGCAUCGUGGUGGUGCGUACCUGACGGGCGAAGAUGAAGUAGAAGACGCACGACGUUUCGAUGCUGGGACGAUUGACUUCCAGCGUUUCCUCGAUGAUGAGAGCGUGGUGACUGACGAAAACCUCGUCUUGCGUUGGACCGGAGACAAGUAUAUUACUCGCAAGGACGGCUCGCCAUUAAUGGAUGCAUUGAAGGUCUGGCGAGAAGGUACCCUCCGCUCAAAGACUGCACAAGUGUCUUCCCGUCCUGUGUCGCCUCGUCGUAGUGACGAUACGGAGUUAACCGAACCUCUGCCACUUGACAGGCGUUCAGACGACAGCUCUGCCGCAACAAGGGAUACGCCCAAGGACUCACAAAGGCCAUCAUUAGAUAGUAGGAAACCGUCAUCUUCAUCGUGGGUACGAUGGUGGAGUCGAAGUCGACUCGAAAUUGAGUCUUCUAGACCGGACCUUAGACCUAUUAGUUCCUCGCCUCCAAGCAUACGAGCUGGAGGUGCGAGUCGACCAGAUAAUAUUCUGAUGCCUGUAAAUCGCGUUCUGUCUGCGGAGUCCUCCCCGUUGCCCAGUACACCGGAGUCUAUCCCCGAACCGCAAGAUGUCACCCCGCUGAAAGAAGCUGAAGCUCCUCCUGCUAGUCCGCGAAAAUGGUUUGCUAAAACAUUGCGAUUGACAUCUGAUCAGCUGAAAUCCCUCGAUCUAAAGUCUGGUGCCAACACUGUUACGUUCUCUCUAUCUGCGACAGGCGUCGCUGCAUGCACCGCUAAACUGUUCGUCUGGGAUUAUACCGAUCAAAUAGUUGUUUCUGACAUUGAUGGUACAAUCACAAAGUCGGAUGCCCUGGGGCAUGUCUUUACUAUGAUUGGUCGCGAUUGGACUCACUCGGGCGUAGCCAAGCUCUACACCGACAUUUGUCGAAAUGGUUACAAGAUCAUGUAUCUCACCUCGCGGGCUAUUGGUCAAGCCGACUCCACAAGGGAUUAUUUGAAGGGCAUCAAGCAGAACGAUUAUCAGCUCCCAGAAGGACCUGUGAUCAUGAGCCCCGACCGUUUGAUGGCUUCCCUUCAUCGUGAGGUGAUCAUGCGGAAGCCUGAGGUGUUCAAGAUGGCUUGUCUACGGGAUAUCCAACGCUUAUUUGGCCCAUACACCAAGCACCCAUUUUAUGCUGGCUUUGGCAAUCGGAUAACGGAUGCUCUGUCGUAUCGCAGUGUCAAUAUCCCGAGCUCAAGAAUUUUCACCAUCGAUUCCACAGGCGAGGUAAAGAUGGAAUUGCUCGAGUUGGCUGGGUACAAAUCAUCGUACAUUCACAUGACCGAUCUCGUUGACCAAAUGUUCCCUCCCAUUAAUCGCAAGUGGCAAUCCGACUACACCGAUUUCAAUUAUUGGAAGGCACCCGUCCAAGACUUCCCAUUACCAGAUUUCAGUCCGCCGUCCCCAGCACUUAGCGCCCGUUCUGAUACUUCUACUCAGAGCGCCCUUACUCGACUUCGUAAUUUCAGCCUCGUAGGAAGCAGACAGUCAAAUAAUAUGAAGCAAUUCUCAGUAUCUUCGGAACAUGUCUCUCGUCAGAACACUGGGGACAGUCGGAGGGAUGCUCAUUUGCGACAAAUGUCAUCACUCGAGCGGUUGAGCAGUACGCUUGUGAGCCUCACACAGUCAUCGUCUUCCACGGCCGCCAGUCCUCGUUCGACGACUCCGACCUACGUCGAUUCUGGGUCGGACGAGGAGGAGGAAUACGACGAUGAGCUGGAGAAAGGUCGGCAUCGACGACGACGGACACGAAGUAUCAGCAGUAUGCCGGGUUCUCUCCCAGGAUCAACGGGAUCUGAUGACGAAAUGCAAUUCGAAGUCAAUGGAGAGGGCUCUGGUGAUGAAGAAUAUCCGUUCGAAGGCGCAGAACCCCCAGAAGAUACAUUCGAUGAAGAUCUGUUCGCUGCCGGGGAGAUGAAGGAUGUUCCUUUCCUAUGAGAUAAUCUAGUGUAUCCCCAUGCAGGUGGUUUGCAGGAGGUGCUCCUGCCAUCUGGACGUUGUUGCUUUUGAUGUUGUGUUGAUUGGCUGUUCAGGCUAACACUGCUUGAUCAUUGCUUCAAUGGAAAGCGAUCAUUUUGCCUUCAGUUAUCGUUUUGGCCUCGGGGUCAAACCCUUCACAAAUCGCAACUCGCAAGAACGCUUAAAAUUUCCGACUCGUUUGUCCGAUGGAUUCUUUACCUAGAUACUACAAGUAUCCUCGGCCCGAUAUCACAGAAAACGUGUGGGACAUCGAUGCAUAUGACCAUCGUGCAAGGCGAUUUUCCAAUCUUUGGCUGUGGCUAUCCCUUUCGAAUGU